CUAACACUUCCUCUCUUUUUUCUUCUUUUCCAUGUGGUCCAUCCCCUCCUUAAUUUAAAGCUCGUCCGUUAUCACUUUUUUCCCUAGUCCUUUUCUAGCUACCAUAACUCCCUCUUUACUUCUUUUUAGUUUCUUCUUCCUUCUAAGUUCAUUCCUACUACGUAUAAGCUUUCACUUUGUUCCAAACACAAAAUUUGAAAAGGAAUUUUCUUACAUUUAUUUGAAGCAUGUCAAGCAGAAGAUCCAGAGAUUCGGAGUCUUCGAGGAUUUCAGAUGAUCAGAUCAUCGAACUUGUAUCCAAAUUGCAACAACUUCUCCCUGAGAUUCGAACUCGCCGUUCCAGCAAGGCAUCAGCAUCAAAGGUGCUCCAAGAAACUUGCAACUACAUAAGAAGCUUGAACAGAGAAAUGGAUGACCUUAGUGAUCGACUCUCUCAGUUACUAUCCACUUUAGAUGCUGACAGUCCAGAAGCUGCAAUUAUCCGCAGUUUGAUAAUAUGAUUUAUAUAUUACAAGUAUUCUACUAACUAGUUGAGAGAGUUAGUCAUGAGUGGUUUUAUUUGCAGACUUUGAAUGACAUAGGAGCAUCUACUAGGUACAAGAUGUCAAAAUAAAAAUUGGUCUCACGUUUGAUGGGCGUUUAUGUAUUUAUAGCCUUGUUUCUUCUUCCUCUAGGUUCUACUAGUCACUAGCUAGGCCAUCAUGAGUUAGAUGAAAUAAUAAGUAUCGGAUCUAAGGGACACUUGCUUGUAAUUACGUUUUCUCACUAUAAUUAAUAAGCUGGACUAGCACUUUAGAAGUCA